CUGACUAUUUAUCACCUGCUACCACCAUCUACUCCAAGACACUAUCGUCUCUAGCUGUGUUAUUGCUGGGACCUUCUGCUCUGCCCGCCUCCUCGGGACACGCUCGGAGACCCAGUGAUGGCCCACGGGCGGCUUCUUCCUGGGCCCCAGGUCUUGGUUUCCUUCGAGGAAGUGGCCGUGCUCCUUUCCCAAGAGGAGUGGGGCCGUCUGGGCCCUUCUCAGAAGGGGCUCUACAGGGAUGUGAUGCUGGAAACCUAUGGGAACCUGGUCUCGCUGGGACUUCAAGGUUCCAAACCUGAUGUCAUCUCCAACCUGGAGCAGGGGGAAGAGCCAUGGGCCCCACACUCACCAAGGAUUGAGGGGAGCUGGAUCUGGAGACGCAGGCAUGCAGGUUAUGUCUCUAGGAAGGAAAAAAAAGAAUUGACUCCAAAGCAGGAAAUUUCUGAAGAAAUGGAAUCCCAGAGAACAAAAUUAGAAGAGCAUGUAAGGAAUAUUUCCAAGGAAUCUGAUUUUGAAGAGAUGACUAAAACUGAGGGAAAGCUAAAGAAUUGCUGGGGGAAAUAUGCAGUGGGGGGACUUAAGAAGGAUUUCCCCCAGAAGAGUAAUUUCAGGCUAGUGACAGUGAAAAACCCCUUGGGGGAAAGAGGUCCGAAAUUCAGUGCAGCUGAGGUAAACUGCGCUGCUGACGCAAGUUCUGUCAGAAACUGCAGGCUGUCUUCAGGGAAAAGUCUCCACCAGAGUGUGUCAUGUGUAGAAAACUUCCAAACAAGUAAGGACCUCACUAACCUCCAGAGUUUCUGUGUAGGAGAACAAGCCUGUCAGGCAGAUGUGUUUAUGAAAGUGCCCGGGCAGAGUUCAGUUUUCAGUGAGAACCAGAGGAUUAACAGUCCAGAAAAAGCCUUUGAAAAGUGUGCUAUGUGUGGAAUAGCUUUUGGUCAGAGCAGAGCUCUCAUUCAGCACCGGAGAAUUCACAGUGGAGAGAAGCCCUGCGGGUGUGAGGAAGGUGGCAUAGCUUCCCAUGCCCGUCCCUACGCCGUGCAGCAUUGUAACACUUACACUGGAGAAAGACCCUGUGAGGCUAACGAAUGUGAGAAAGCUCUUAGCACAUGUCCGUCUUACAUUCAGCAUUGUAAAGUUCACACUGGGGCAAAGCCCCAUGAGUGCAGUCAGUGUGGAAAAGUCUUUAGUCAUAGCUCUAACCUGAUCUAUCAUCAGAGAAUGCAUAGUGCAGAGAAGCCGUACGUGUGUGUGGAAUGUGGUAAAGCCUUCCAGAGACAGUCACACCUCACUCAGCAUAAGAGAACUCAUUCUGGAGAGAAACCCCAUGACUGUGCUGAGUGUGGCAAAGCCUUCAGCGCACGAUUGUCUCUCGUUCAACAUCAGAGAACUCACACAGGAGAAAAACCCUAUGAGUGUAAUGAAUGUGGAAAAUUCUUUAGCCUGAACCGAACCCUUAUUGUUCAUCAGAGAAUCCACACUGGAGAGAAACCCUAUAGGUGUAAUGAAUGUGGAAAAUCCUUCAGUCAGCGCUCACAAGUUAUUCAACAUAAGAGGGUUCACACUGGAGAGAAGCCUUAUAUCUGCAAUGAGUGUGGGAAAUCCUUCAGUGCUCGCCUGUCCCUCGUCCAGCAUCAGAGAAUUCACACUGGAGAGAAACCUUAUGGGUGCAAUGAGUGUGGGAAAACCUUCAGUCAAAAGGGACAUCUUAUUCAGCAUCAGCGAAUUCACACUGGAGAGAAGCCCUAUGAGUGUAAUGAGUGUGGAAAAGCUUUCAGCCAGAGGUUUAAUCUCAUUCACCAUCAAAGGACACACAAUGGCGAGAGGCCCUACGAGUGUAACGAGUGUGACAAAGCCUUCAGUGUUCUCUCCUCCCUUGUCCAGCAUCAGAGAGUGCACAACGGAGAGAAGCCCUACGAGUGCCACAGCUGUGGGAAGGCCUUUAGUCAGGGCUCACAUCUCAUCCAGCACCAGAGGAGUCACACUGGAGAGAAGCCCUACGAGUGUAGUGAGUGUGGGAAAACCUUUGGUCAGGUAUCCACCCUAGUUAAGCAUGAGAGGACACACAAUGGGGAGAAGCCCUAUGAGUGCGGCGACUGUGGGAAAGCUUUCAGCCAGAGCGCACACCUCAUCCGCCAUCGAAGAAUUCACACUGGUGAGAGCCCUUACACGUGUAGUGACUGUGGGAAGGCCUUCAACGUCCGCUCCUCCCUCAUUCAGCAUCUCAGGGUUCACACCGGCGAGAAGCCUUAUAAGUGCAGUGAGUGUGGCAAGGCCUUCAGCCAGCAUUCACAGUUUAUUCAGCAUCAGAGGGUUCAUACUGGAGAGAAACCCUACAGGUGCAGUGAAUGUGAGAAAUCAUUCAGUGCACGCUUGUCCCUUAUCCAACACCAGAGAAUUCACACUGGAGAGAAGCCCUAUAAAUGCACUGAAUGUCAAAAAUCCUUCCGACAAAGCUCUCACCUCAUUCGACAUCAGAGAAUCCACAGUGGAGAGCGACCUUACGUGUGUAGUAGAUGUGGGAAAACUUACAACCAGCGAAUAUCUCUUAUUAGUCAUGAGAAAGUUCACAGACUCCACGGUGGAGAGCAAGCCCAUCGGUGUGACAAGUGUGGGGAGCUCUUUGGCACACAGGCAGCAUUCAUGCAGCACCGGAAGGUUCACAAUGGAGAGUGACUCACUCUGUCUGAUACGUGCUUCACAGUUUUACAGCAGGAGAGUUCUACUGAUAAGAAAGCUCACUUUAUGACUUUCCUUUUGGAAAUUCAGCUCUUAAGGAAUUAAACUAUCUCCCAAUGUGCUGCUCACUGAAGGCAGGCUGCUGAAUCAUGUGGUAAACGUUCCAAGGUAACAUGCCUUCCCUCAGACCCAGAGGAUGGCUCUCUGCUUGAGUGUUUUAAAUGAAUGCAACUUUAUACUUUCCUAGGUCAUGUUUUUAUAGCACCAGACCUUAGUGUACAGUUACGUGUUUCAUUUGGCCCCUGCCUUUCUUUUCUUUCCUCUUCAUCAUCUAUUUCAGCUUCAGGAAAAGUAACUGGGGUCCUUGGACUUUCGAGUGUGAUGGGACUGGGUUGGGGUUUUCUUAUUUGUUUGUUUAUAAGGCUUUUUCAAAAUGUUUUUGUACUAUUGUGAGGGGUAUGAUACCUUUAACUUCAAAGAGGUUGUCCCUUUUCAGCAUCCGGUAAUCCACAGAGGUGAGAAGGCAUAUGAGUAUAAGCAGAGUUUGUUAAGGAAUGAGGUGAGGCUUGUGUGUAGAUUCAAACUG